AUGGAAAAAAUAAAUGAAGCUGAAGCAAUAAGAACAUAUGAAAAAGAAAAAGGUAUAAAAGUAAGGUCUUGUGGGUUAUUUGUUGAUAUGCAAUAUGGAUUUUUAGCUGCUUCACCUGAUGGACUAAUAGACGCCGAUGGAAUAAUCGAAGUAAAAUGUCCAUAUUCCUUAGCAAAAAAAGGUAUUACUAUUGAUUUUGCCGCUAAGAAUAUUAAAACCUUUUACUUGAAGUUCGAUGAAAAUACACAAAAAAUUAAUUUGAAGGCAACUCAUGAUUAUUAUUUUCAAAUCCAAGGUCAGUUACACAUUACGCAAAAGUUGUACUGUGACUUCAUUGUUUGGACACCAUUAGAAAUGUUCGUAGAACGUAUCAUGAAAAAUGAUGAAUUUUGGUAUAGUAAAAUGGAAACUAACUUAGUGCAAUUUUAUCAUGAAGCGUUGAUACCAGAAAUAGUUGAUCCGAGAUUAUGUCGUAAAAUGCCAAUAAGAGACAUUGAAUAA